UUAUAUUUAGUAAUCGACUAAUAUAUUAAAAAUAAAUAAUAACAAUGGAAGCAAGUGCAACAUUUAAGGGAGAAGUGGACAAAACACAGAUACCACCGCUUAAUCAAAAGCGUAUACUUGCCUUUGUUAACCAUUUUCUGAUAAACACAUGUACGUUUCUCAAUGAAUUCGCUUUGAACUGUGAGACAAAAUUCGUCCAAUUGGAACGUCAGCUACAAAGAACCGAAGCUGCCUUAAUUAUACUAGAGGCGAAGCUUGCUUCAAUUCCCCUAGACAACGAAGUGGACACUGCCAAAAGCUCGGCAACGAUCGCAGCGAACAUUGUUGUGGAGGAGAAAGAGACGCCAGCAGAGGAAGUGGCUCCAGCUAAAGUUGAGACCAAACGAGUGCGUGCCUGCGAAGAUGUUCGAUAUAAAAAGUUUUUCAAAAUGCUACAUGUGGGCGUGCCAGCGCCUGCUGUGAAACAGAAAAUGCUGUCCGAGGGUCUGGAACCGCAAGUGCUAGACAAACCAGAUUCAAUACUUGAGGACGGCGUGAUCGAGUAGUCGAAUCCUGUGGACAGCACCUAUUGUGAUAUAGCGUUCGUGCGAAUGCUACCAUUUUAAAUUAAACACAUUUGCUUAAAUUUA